CAUCGCCGCGAUCGGUUGUUCAACACUCAGUUCGCUCUGCUUCCGUUUCGCUCGGAAUUCGCCGUUUUCGUGAUCGACUUGUAGGCGCCUCCGCUCCCAAAACCGCUCCCCCGAUCUUGCCCAGAAACCCAAGUGUGAAACAAGCUUUUGCGUUUCAAGCCGACAGACAGACGCAGCUCACACGUACGCCCAAAAACAGCGAUAAUACAAAUUGGCCACGCUCGUUGUUUGGCUUAAUUCAAUUAAGUGCGUCGGACAGCAGAAGAAAGGCCCAGACCAAAAAACCAAGUGAUAAUCCAUCAAGCGGCCACAAAAGCGUUUUUAUCGGGCCCUAAAAAAAAGAAAGUCGCCGCACAAAGGUUACACAACCGAAGCGUGCAAUUGACCCACGGAACACGGAUCACGAAGCACACGGAUUCCCUGAACUUUUCGUCCGAACUACACAGAAAUGACUGCGGCGAAAGUAAUCUUGGCCUGCUGCCUGCUGGGCGCCUUCCACAUGCAAAUCAGCUCGUCAUCGGCGAUUCCCAUCUGGGAGUUUUUGACCCGCAACGAAAAGAUGUCCCAUCUUUACUCCACGUUCGCCCAGCUAGUUAGCGUGCACUGCAAGUCGACUGCCGCCGUAGGGGGUCUCCCGGUGAACCAGUGCAAGCACAAUCUACUCGGCUACGGUUCCGCCAAGCUGCAGACGCUCUCCGACGCCCAACUGGAGGCACUCGAUCCGUAUCAGCGCGAUGCCAACGAGCUGAUCUGGUCGCAAUUUUUGCGAGACCAUCCGAGCGGAGCCAGCCUGGUGACCACCCGCCAGCCGCUCCAGCAGCCCUUGCCCACGCCGCCCGCCUCCUCUCUGAUCAUCCUGACCCGCCAGCAGUUGCCCCACACGAUGCCCAGCUCCAGUUCCGGCUCCAAUCCGAUCUUCGAGAGCGGCGAGCAGAAGCACAAGUACGCCAUGGACAUGGACAUGGCCUACGGCUAUCCAUCCGCCAGCAGUGAGCUGCCCAUGGCCGCCGCUCUGACGGGAGAGCCGCCCAAGAGCUUCCUCACCGGACCCCUGGUGAUCCGAGUGCGUCCCGAUGGAUCGCCCGUGGAGGAGGACAAGCGGAUGCCGCUGCCCCGUGACGAGGAUCUGCCCUACUUCCGCCUGGGCCUGGCCGCCGCCCAGCCACCCAACAGGCAUCGCAAGAUCGCCACCAUCAGCGCCCUGAAGCAGCAGCACUUCGCCUCCGUGCUGCAGCGCGACCUCCAGCCACCGCAUCAGGUGCAGAGGCGUCUGUUCCGCCAGCAGCAGGCGUAAGAUCCUGGCCAGAGGUUGCCCAGACCUAGACCUAAGUCCUUGUGUGAGUGCGACAGAGUGAAUGUGAUAGAUAGUGAACGAAUGAGCCUUCUAGUUUUGUAGCCUUUCGAGGAGUUUUCUUGAGUGCACUUUGAGCUUUAAUGCAAUUCGUAUCGUAUUCGUUUAAGUUUUCUUUAAUUUUAUUUAUUCGCGUGCAUUAGCCGUAAGAUCAAAUAGAGAUUCUUGAGAGUAAUAAACCGCAUGAUGAUUAUCAUUGUUACGAACGUA